AUGGCGAACCCAACCCAGCAGCCAUUCCCGAUGUUGAAGGGGCGGGGUUCCGCUUCGGAACUUACACUCGGGGCGAACAAAGAUCUCAUAUUGGCGAUCGUCGACAAUGUGGCGGCAAGACACGUUGCGAAGAUUACGUGGGCCCUGCUCCUUGGGGCGACGGAGCAUUCCGAGUACUGUCGAGUGAACGCCGCCACAGCUUUCGCAGACUGA